GGCUACGUCUUCAGUCUUUCGGUUUGAACGGUACACUGCGUGUACAAUUCUGAAGAGAUCAUCAUCUGUUCGAAACUCGAGAUUCGUUUCGGAGGAUGGCUUGUUAACGAACCGAACGCGCCAGGAUGCUAGGCCGUAUGCGGGCCGCUUUCUUCAGCCUGGUGGUUGCCACAUCGCUGUUGCAAUGCACUCAGCAGCAAGGAAGCAGGCAGAACAGAGAAGUGGUGUUAAACAUCAGUGAUGAUCAAAAAAGUCAAUAUUUGAAUCAAGAUUUCUAUUCCAAUGCAUACAAUUACGGUUACGAAAUUAGUCCCAGUGGACAGUUCCAUCAUGAAGUACGUGGACCAGAUCACAUCACUUAUGGAUGCUACGGAUACAUAGAUCCAUAUGGGAAAUUAAAAACAACUUUCUACAUAAGUGACGGAUGGGGAUACCGUGUCGUACAACCAGGCAACGCGGUAGAACUAUUCCUCCAUGAACAUGAACAUCAUCAUGAUGAAUCGAAUCAAGAAAAUCACGAUGAUCACGGUGACCAUGAUCAUCACGAUCAUCAUGGUGUAAUUACGGAAUGGAGAGACCUAUAUUUCCCGCAAAUUUGUAGACAAUUCGAUGGCACGGGUAGUGGACCCGGUAUGCCUCCGAUGGGCGGUGGUCCUAGUACAGAUGGUUCAAGCAGUGGAGGAACUCCUGUAAGACCAGGACAACCCCAAUAUCCAUCCCGACCCCCGGAAUAUCCUGCCCAACCCGGAUAUCCUGGCACGGGAGGUACACCUGGACAGCCUGGAUACCCUGGCAUUCCAGGAAGCACAGGAACGCAACCUGUACCACAGCAGCCUGGAUAUCCUGGCAAACCUGGCACGCCAGGUAUACCCGGGACACAACCCGGACUCCCACAACCUGGACAUCCUGGUACCCCUGGUACUCCAGGUAGACCCGGUACACCAGGCAUACCUGGAACUCCACCAAUACCUGCUCAACCUGGAUAUCCUGGUACUCCUGGCACACCAGGUAGACCAGGUACACCAGGCAUACCUGGAACUCCACCAAUACCUGCUCAACCUGGAUACCCUGGUACCCCUGGCACACCAGGUAGACCAGGUACACCAGGCACACCGGGUACUUCACAACCAGGUCAUCCUCCAACACCUGUUCAACCUGGAUAUCCGGGGACCCCAGGCACACCAGGUAGACCAGGAACACCAGGCUUACCUGGAAUUCCACCAAUACCUGCUCAACCUGGAUAUCCUGGUACCCCUGGCACACCAGGUAGACCCGGUACACCAGGCACACCUGGAACUCCAACAAUACCUCACCAACCAGGACAUCCUGGUACCCCUGGCACACCAGGUAGACCCGGUACACCAGGCACACCUGGAACUCCACCAAUACCUCACCAACCAGGACAUCCUGGUACCCCUGGCACACCAGGUAGACCCGGUACACCAGGCACACCUGGAACUCCACCAAUACCUUCCCAACCAGGACAUCCUGGUAGCCCUGGCACACCGGCUACGCCCGGAACACCAGGAAUACCUGGAACCCCUCCAAUCCCACCGCAACCAGGACAUCCUGGUACCCCUGGCACACCAGGUACACCCGGUACACCCGGCAUACCUGGAACUCCUCCAAUACCUCCGCAACCUGGAUAUCCUGGUACCCCUGGCACUCCGGGUACGCCCGGAACACCAGGAAUACCUGGAACUCCACCAAUACCUCCGCAACCUGGAUAUCCUGGUACCCCUGGCACUCCGGGUACGCCCGGAACACCAGGAAUACCUGGAACUCCACCAAUACCUUCUCAACCAGGACAUCCAGGUAUCCCUGGCACACCAGAUAGACCCGGUACACCAGGCACACCUGGAACUCCACCAAUACCUCCCCAACCAGGACAUCCUGGUACCCCUGGCACCCCGGGUACGCCCGGAACACCAGGAAUACCUGGAACCCCUCCAAUCCCACCGCAACCAGGACAUCCUGGUACCCCUGGCACACCAGGUAGACCGGGAACACCAGGAAUACCUGGAACCCCUCCAAUCCCACCGCAACCAGGACAUCCUGGUACCCCUGGCACACCAGGUAGACCGGGAACACCAGGAAUACCUGGCACCCCACCAAUCCCACCGCAACCAGGACAUCCUGGUACCCCUGGCACACCAGGUAGACCCGGAACACCAAGCAUACCAGGAACUCCAUCAAUACCUUCCCAACCAGGACAUCCUGGUACCCCUGGCACUCCGGGUACGCCCGGAACACCAGGAAUACCUGGAACCCCUCCAAUCCCACCGCAAACAGGACAUCCUGGUACCCCUGGCACACCAGGCAGACCCGGUACACCAGGCAUACCUGGAACUCCACAAAUACCUCCACAACCUGGAUAUCCUGGCACCCCUGGCACACCGGGUAUUUCACAACCAGGGCAUCAUCCAAUCCCAUCUCAUCCUGGAUAUCCUGGCACCCCUGGCACGCCAGGCACACCCGGAACACCAGGUACACCCGGCUCACCACCAACACCACCGCAAACUGUAACUCCUGGUAGACCAGGUAAACCAGGUACGCCCGUUCAACCUGGUAUUCCCGGACACCCCGGUACACCUGGAUACCCUAGCCACCCUGGCCCUUCUGCCCCAGGUCAUCCUCCAAUACCUUCCCAACCAGGACAUCCUGGUACCCCUGGUAUACCAGGUAGACCCGGUACACCAGGCAUACCUGGAACUUCUCCAAUACCACCACAACCUGGAUAUCCUGGAAGCCCUGGGACGCCAGGCACACCUGGAACGCCAGGUAUACCUGGAACGCCUCCAAUAUCUGGUCAACCUGGAUAUCCUGGUUCCCCAGGCACACCAGGUACACCAGACAUACCUGGAACUCCGCCAAUACCACCUCAACCUGGCUAUCCUGGCACCCCUGGCACACCGGGUAGACCAGGUAAACCAGGUAAACCAGGUAAACCAGGUAGGCCCGUUCUCCCUGGAAUUCACGGACACCCCGGUACUCCUGGAUACCCCGGCUACCCUGGUACUUCUCAACCGGGUCAUCCUACAAUACCUGCACAACCUGGAUAUCCUGGAAUCCCGGGCACACCCGGUAGUCCCGGUACACCAGGCAUACCUGGAACUCCGCCAAUACCACCUCAACCUGGAUAUCCUGGCAGCCCUGGCACGCCAGGCACACCUGGAACGCCAGGUAUACCUGGAACUCCUCCAAUAUCUGGUCAACCUGGAUAUCCUGGUUCCCCUGGCACACCAGGUACACCAGGUACACCAGACAUACCUGGAACUCCACCAAUACCACCUCAACCUGGAUAUCCUGGCAGCCCUGGCACGCCAGGCACCCCUGGAACGCCAGGUAUACCUGGAGCUCCACCAAUAUCACCUCAACCUGGAUAUCCUGGAACCCCGGGCACGCCAGGCACACCCGGAACGCCAGGUAUACCCGGGAUACCACCCACGUACCCAAAACCUGGAACCCCUGGUAGACCAGGUAAACCAGGUAAGCCCGUUCACCCUGGAAUUCACGGACAUCCUGGUACUCCUGGAUACCCUGGCUAUCCUGGUACGUCUCAACCGGGUCAUCCUUCAAUACCUGCUCAACCUGGAUAUCCUGGCACCCCUGGCACACCAGGUAUACCUGGAACUCCACCAAUUCCUGCUCAACCUGGAUAUCCUGGUACACCUGGUACACCAGGUAGACCAGGUACACCAGGCAUACCUGGAACUCCACCAACACCACCUCAACCUGGAUAUCCUGGCACCCCGGGCACGCCAGGCACACCUGGAACGCCAGGUAUACCCGGAAUACCAUCGACACCGCCCCAACCUGGAACUCCUGGCAGACCGGGUAAACCAGGUAAGCCCGUUCACCCUGGUAUUCCCGGACACCCCAGUACUCCUGGAUACCCUGGCCACCCUGGUACUUCUCAACCGGGUCAUCCUUCAAUACCUGCUCAACCUGGAUAUCCUGGCACCCCUGGCACACCAGGUAUACCUGGAACUCCACCAAUUCCUGCUCAACCUGGAUAUCCUGGUACACCUGGUACACCAGGUAGACCAGGUACACCAGGCAUACCUGGAACUCCACCAACACCACCUCAACCUGGAUAUCCUGGCACCCCGGGCACGCCAGGCACACCUGGAACGCCAGGUAUACCCGGAAUACCAUCCAUACCGUCACAACCUGGAACUCCUGGUACACCGGGUAAACCAGGUAAACCCAUUCACCCUGGUAUUCCGGGACACCCCGGUACUCCUGGAUACCCUGGCCACCCAGGUACUUCUCAACCGGGUCAUCCUCCGAUACCUGCUCAACCUGGAUAUCCUGGCACCCCUGGCACACCGGGUAGACCAGGUACACCAGGUAUACCUGGAACUCCACCAAUACCACCUCAACCUGGAUAUCCUGGCAGCCCUGGCACGCCAGGCACACCUGGAACGCCAGGUAUACCUGGAACUCCAUCAAUACCUCCUCAACCUGGCUAUCCUGGCACCCCUGGCACACCGGGUAGGCCAGGUACACCAGGCAUACCUGGAACUCCACCAAUACCUCCACAACCUGGCUAUCCUGGCACCCCUGGCACACCGGGUAGACCAGGUACACCAGGCAUACCUGGAACUCCACCAAUAUCACCUCAACCUGGAUAUCCUGGCAGCCCUGGCACGCCAGGCACACCCGGAACGCCAGGUAUACCCGGAGUACCAUCCACACCAUCACAACCUGGAGCUCCUGGUAGACCGGGUAAACCAGGUAAACCCAUUCACCCUGGUAUUCCCGGACACCCUGGUACUCCUGGAUACCCUGGCCACCCAGGUACUUCGCAACCGGGUCAUCCUCCGAUACCUGCUCAACCUGGAUAUCCUGGCACCCCUGGCACACCGGGUAGACCAGGUACACCAGGUAUACCUGGAACUCCACCAAUACCACCUCAACCUGGAUAUCCUGGCAGCCCUGGCACGCCAGGCACACCUGGAACGCCAGGUAUACCUGGAACUCCAUCAAUACCUCCUCGACCUGGCUAUCCUGGCACCCCUGGCACACCGGGUAGGCCAGGUACACCAGGCAUACCUGGAACUCCACCAAUACCAUCUCAACCUGGAUAUCCUGGCAGCCCUGGCACGCCAGGCACACCUGGAACGCCAGGUAUACCUGGAACUCCAUCAAUACCUCCUCAACCUGGCUAUCCUGGCACCCCUGGCACACCGGGUAGGCCAGGUACACCAGGUAUACCUGGAACUCCACCAAUACCACCUCAACCUGGAUAUCCUGGCAGCCCUGGCACGCCAGGCACACCCGGAACGCCAGGUAUACCCGGUAUACCAUCCAUACCACCACAACCUGGAACUCCUGGUAGACCGGGUAAACCAGGUAAACCCGUUCACCCUGGUAUUCCCGGACACCCCGGUACUCCUGGAUACCCUGGCCACCCUGGCCACCCUGGUACUUCUCAACCGGGGCUUCCUCCAUAUCCUGGAUAUCCAACUCCUCCAGAUGGUGGUGUAGGCGGUGUUGGACCUGAUGGCCCCAACGGCCCAUGGCCCAAUGGUCCAGACGGUCCUGAAGGCCCGGGUGGACCUGGAGGUCCAGGAGGACCUGAAGGACCCGGAGGCCCCGUCGGAGGUGUUGGAGGAGUCGGCGGGGUAGGUGGCGAAGGAGGUGUUGGACCUGAUGGUCCAGAUGGUCCAUGGCCAACAGGCUCUCCCGGUCCCGAUGGACCAUGGCCUGGUGACCCAGACUAUGUACCCGGAGCAAAACCAACAUCACGCCCUAGAUACGAUGAACCUAUCAAAGUACAAUACCCUCUAAAGUACUAUGAAUCCACUACACCGACUACACAACACUUUGACCAACCAUUCUACGGGAACUAUGGACAGAAGCAAGUCGAACGACUGUCUUCUCACUCCAAAGUAGAAUCAGAAUACACUAAAAACGAAUCUUCGAAUGAGAACUACGACAAGAGAGUCGAAUCCAUAGCUGUCGAUUACCCGACCAAGAUAAACAGUCCGUUUGGUGUGAAAGACACACGGUUUCAAGAUCAAUACGGAAAGUUCGGUUAUCAUUCAAGUCAAUUGAAUCAGAAUGCGGAUGAGGUUAACUCUCUUAUAGAAACGCAACGAAAGGAGUCCCAGAAGUAUUCCGGGCAAGAUAAUAGAGGCAACUACGGCGGCGCGAAGAAGAUAGAUAGGCCUCAGGUAUCUUACAACUCAAAGUAUUUCGGUCAAGAGAAAUACCAAGAGAGUUCUCGCGAGGAUCGCAAAUACUCCCAGCAGGUUACCAAAGUGAGCCAGCCUAUUCCCUACAAUCCGAUCGUUCAGGUAGAGACGAACAAGUCUACCAAGGAGGAUCAGUCCAAUGUAAAGUUUCACUCUCCAAACGGAAGCAAUGCCGCGCUAAUUAAACAGGUAAACGAAUUGUCUGAGACCCCGUUAGAGCCGAAUUCCGGAUUCGCCGCUAUAGGAGUUCAACCUCCGACCAACACGAAACCCUAUCAGCAAUCAGUAGGGCCAGACCCGCAAACCUGUCCCUGUUACCUGCUCGAUAUGGCGAACGGUACCGCAACCACUACAAGCACCACAUCCAUUCCUCUCAUUGGUCAGCUUGGCUUCAUUCCCGUGGUAUUCGUACCAUACUGUCCGGGUAGCGACCAGACGGACAGCGAAAACAUGAAAGACAUGUUCCCGUCUGCAACGCCUAUUCCAUACGCAUGCGACGCGUGCAACUCGCUGAGCGGAAAACUCGAAACGAAGCUUCUCAGCGUGAAUCAGCUUGGCAGUAUAGAGAGUCUAAGGGAUGCAUUGCGACAGGCGAAACUUGGCUUUUUGAAUGUUUCAGUUCGGGAUCGAAAGGAGAGGCGAAGAGCGAAGAGCCGGAACGCGAAAUGAAGAGUGCGAUUGUAAUACGCGGAUUUCAAGUCGACACUCGAGGCACGCAUCUCGUUUAAACGGAAACGGUCCGUAACCACGAGAACACUGCCCGUCCAUCAGCUGCUGGUCAGCUGACGGAUGGCCAAAGAAAACACCC